AUGGCCAUGGCCAUGACUGGCAUGAUGUAUGCCUCGAGAAUAUUCUGGGCCGGACCAACCUACGGAUGGGCGGCAACCGCGGCGUCCAGGUGGACGGCCGGAUUGUCAAGCCCACAUGGCGGACGGGUGGAUAGACUGGUCUUUGAUUCCAUGCCAGAUCAGAUCCUAGCAUCCUGGAAUUCCUUGCUGGCAAGCAUGGCAUCUUGUUCCUCUUUCGAUGACACAAAGAGGGUGUUUGAUUCCAUGAAGAGAAGGAAUCUUUUCUCUUGGACAGUGAUGCUAACGGGAUAUGCCCGAACUGGGGAUCUGGAGGGCAUGAACGCUUUGUUUGGUGCUAUGCCCGAGAGGAAUCUCAUGUCAUGGACGGUCGCAAUUAGUGGGUUUGGUUCCAACGGCAAGAUCCAGCAUGCAAAGAGUCUGUUCGACUCAAUGCUAGAGUGGAAUCUCGUUGCCAUGAAUGCGAUGCUCGCGGCAUUUGUCCAGGAAGGCUAUCUCCAAGAGGCCAAAUCCUUUUUCGAUCGGAUGCCUGAGACAAAUCUAAUUUCCUCGACAACGUUGCUGCGAGCUUACGCUCAGGAAUCACAAAUCCUCGAGGCAAACCGCUUGUUUGAUUCAAUGCUGGAGAAGAAUCUCGUCACCUGGACGACGAUGGUAGCCGCAUUUGGCCAGGAUCCUCUUCUUCUGGGUGAAACAAGAGAUCUCUUUGAUCGGAUGCCAGAGCACAACAUUGUGUCAUGGACAGUGAUGCUGACGUCAUACGGUCGCGCUGGCCACGUCACCCAAGCACAGGGCAUCUUUCAUGAAAUGCCUGGACGAGACCUGACAGCGUGGAAUGCCAUGCUGGCAGCAUUCGCCCAAGAUGGGCAAAUCUUACACGUAAUUAACUUGUUUGGGAAAAUGCCUGUGCAUGACGUAGGAUCCAUGUCAGUCAUGGUAGACACUCUGGCACGGUGUGGGAAGCUUGAGGAAGCAAAGGAAAUAUUUGAUCAGGUCCGCAGCUGGUGCAUCUCCUCUUGGACGUCGAUGAUCUUUGCAUAUACCUCGUUCGGGUAUUUUGAAGAAGCAGAGGCUUUAUUUUAUACAAUGCCCGAAGUAGAUACCAUAGCCCAAAACGCAUUUAUUUCAUCUUUAGCACUUAAUCGUAAACUUGCUAGUGCAGUUGGUGUUUUUCACAGGGCUAACCAGAGAGACGUAACAACUUGGAACAUAGUUCUUUCUGCAUUUGCCCGCGAUGGUCAUCUGCAAGAAGCGGAAAAAGUCUUCCGAUCGAUGCCGGAGCGCGAUUUCGUGAGCUGGAAUUCAGUGCUGGCGGCAUUUGCGGGGCAAGGCAAGCCAGCCCAAGCGAUCGGAUUCUUCUUCGAGCUUCAGCAGCAGUGGAUCCCCAGCGCAAUCAGCGUUGCUUGCUUCUUGGUUGCCUGCGGCCGGGCGGGGAACUGCGUACUGGGCAUCUCUUGCUUCAGAUCCAUGGCAUGGGACUUCGGAUUGGAGGCAACCAAGCAGCACUACAGCUGCGUGAUCGAUCUCCUGUGCCGGGCAGUCGUUUUGGCGAAUGCCCAAGCCGUGAUUGCUGAAAUGCCCAGCGUUCCUGAUCUUGUAGAUUGGCAUUGCAUGCUCGCGUUUUGUUCCAGUGACAAAAACGUUGAGCAAGGAAGAGUGUGUGCCAUGUCUGUUCUUGAGAUGGAACCAAACAACGCUGCUGCUUACGUCUCGUUGUCACAAACAUUGAUCUAA